GCGAAGGCUACUAGGAAAACCUCGGCAUGUCUCUGUGAACUAUUGCGUUCUACUGCGAGCGACUGUUGCCAUUGGGCACGGUGUUUUUAAGAUCAUCGCAGGCCUGUGUACGCUAGACAACCGAGAAGAUAAAAUCUUCCACUCAAUGUGACCUUCCACAUCUGUCUACUCUGUGGUCGAUGACAGCCAAGUAACGGUGUGCUCAAUCACAUACUACCUUCCAUUCUUGUUUGUCUGCUUCUUUGCACCUCUCCUCUAGAUUCCAAGGUGAAACCGAUACCCACACCUCGACUCACAUUGUAUUCAUGGCAGUGCGAGCAGUGAUCGUUUCUCUCAUCUGCUUCGUCUCUCUCCUCCUCAUUACGCACUCCUUUGAUACAUGCACAAGCUACUACAAUAUGACAACAUCAUCUUUCCACGAGCAAGGCUCGACUCAACAUCUCAAGCUCCGAAUCUCGUCAGAUUCGCCAUCGGCCCUCAAGGUUACUCUCGAGAACAAACAUCCAGAUCAAACCUUUACUCUACUCACCUGGAAUACACCUCUGGACACACAGGCUUUGAACAUCGGUGCUGUUACCCUUGAGGAGGUCAAGACUGGAGAGGCAGUGUCAGGACCGAACAUGAAGAUCAACAGAAUGAUGCCUCCUCCUCGCGACGCAUUGGUGGAAGUCCGUCCUCAGUCUUCUAUUACCAGAGAAGUCAAACUCGAUUUCCCAUGGAUUCCAAAGGAUGGAAAGAGCUACCGUGCUCUGACUCCAGGACCUUGGAAGGCUGUGUGGGCCAAGUCAGCGGCUGAGGUCAUGGACAAGGAGAUUGAGGAAAUGACUGGCGACAGCCAUCUGAGCAAGGAUAUCCACAGCGAGAGUGCUGAGAUACAGCUCAAGGUUUGAACGCUAUCGUACGAUUGAUAUGCAGAAAAGAUGAUGAAAAUAAGCCGGUGCUGGUAUCAGAAUAGACUAGAUUAUGUACUUGAUGAUGACAUGAAGUGUGUUCACACGAUGUUCCUAGAGUUGUCCACCGAUUCUUGGCUCGUAUCCUGUAACGACAGCUCAUCUGGUAC